AUGACAAAAGUGUUCACCAACUCACCGAGCCCCUCCCAAACUACCCUAUCACUGAUAUCAGCACUCACAAAAAUACUUCCUCCAUCAUCUACAACGAUCCAAAUCGCACAAGAUCACGUGACACCCCGCCAUCUAACGAUAACGCACUCAACGAGCACGAUCGUGUUCCGGAUAGUUGAUCACAGUAUUUUGGGAGAUGCUGGUGCGGUUGCAGAUGAGGUUGUUACGCGCUGCGAUGAUAUGCUUUUCUGGAUGCGCAGGAUAUUUCCGGGCAGUGCUCGUAUGCGUUGCUGUGUUAGUCUGACGAGAAAGGACGAUUUCUACUUUUUGGUGUUUUAUAGGUACGUGUUUAGAAACGGGAAGAGGGUGGAUGUUGAGCGGGUAGGGCCUAAGCUUAUUUUGCGGUUGCUGAGAGAUGAAAGACAUGAGGAUGAGUAG